GCGCUCGACUUUGAGUCUGUGCCACUGAUUGGUAGGGAGAAAGAAGUCUCAACCCUCAAGACAUGCUUUUCACGAAUGAUUGAAACAUCAUCGAAUGAGAAGAAUAACACCUUCGAGAGCAGAAAGGAACUUGUCCUUGUUGCAGGGAAAUCUGGAUCUGGCAAGACUGCUGUUACUCGCACUCUAGAAAAAGAGGUAUUGAAGCACACCAAAGGUAUCUUCGUUCAAGGAAAGUUUGACAUGAAUACCAGCAGUGAGCCUUAUUCUGGCAUCUGCAGGGCUUUCGGCAGCUUGUGCUUAAAGAUCAAGGAGGCUCCGGCUGAAGUACUUUGUACUGUUCAAGCUUGCAUCAACGAACAACUGGGCAACGAUGUCGACUUGCUACUUCAUCUGAUCCCCGAGCUUGGGGACCUCAUCAGUGUCACUGCGAAUGAUUCAGCUGUGAAGGAUCUAGGAGCUGAUGAGAUCGAAAGCAAAGUCGAGCGAUUACGCUUCGCCUUUCGUGUUCUCAUGAGAGCCUUCAGCUCUGCUGCGUCACCGAUUGUCCUUUUCCUCGAUGAUUUGCAGUGGUCAGAAGUAUCGUCCCUUCAAGUACUGGACUUCUUGAUGACCGAUGCCCAAAACGAGAAUCCCUUGAUGAUCAUUGGGUGUUACAGAUCCGAUGAGGUAGAUGAAAAUAGUCUGCUCCACAACAAGAUCGUAGCCCUACAAGAAAUGACUGACAAGUACAAGUUUCAUCUCACGGAAAUUAAGGUUGGACAUUUCGGUAUCAACGAGAUCGACGAGAUCAUCGCAACGACAUUGCCAAAUCCAAGCAUGGAUGCCACUCUCGACCUUGCUGCCAUAUGUCUCAAGCGUACACUUGGUAAUCCUUUUUUUGUGCUAGAGUUCCUCAAGAUGCUUCAUCAAGAAGGGCUCUUGCAAUGCGACAAUAAUUCGAACUCGUGGACUUGGGAUGUAGACAAAAUCGACGGUGCCACCAUGUCGACUGCAAACGUGGUGGCCAUGCUUCAUGACCAGAUGACUAAGUUGCCUCAUCAAGUUCAAGCCCUGCUGCAGUGUGCGGCAUACAUCGGGUCCACAUUUACUGAAUCCACCAUCAAUCUUGUCUGGACGACAUACGGCCGCAGACUGGUCGAGAGCAAACUCGAGCUCACUGCUGCUUUACUCCACUUCAUAUUGAAAGAACAGAUCUUGGAAAAGGCUGAUAACAACACUUUCAGAUGGGUUCACGACAAACUCCAGGAAGCCGCUCUCAGUCUAACUGGCAAGCGUCGUGAAUCUUUCCAGCUUGACAUUGGUCGUACUUUGUACUAUGGGUUGGACAAGCAGCAAGUGGAAGUUGAAUUAUUCACCAUUGUGGAUCUGAUCAAUAACGGUAACGUUUUAAGGCUGACUGAGUUUGCAAGUGCUAACCUACGAGCAGCUGAAAAGGCCAGAGACUUGAGCGCUUUUCAGUCAGCAGCAGAGUACGCAGCUCAUGGCAUUGGUCUGCUGAAAAAUGAUAAGUGGUCUA